CUCGCGCGGCUCAGGCAAACGCCACCACACCACCCGUCCGUCGGAAUCCACCUUCCCGAAGCCUCCCGCACCAGGUCGCGUCGGUGGCGCUCGGCCGCCUCCAAAUCCACGUCCAGACGCCCAAGCUCCCACCCGCAGACACGCUCCGCCCAAUUCCCAACCACCUCCACAUCGACCAAACCGAUGGAGCAGCAAGGGAGCCAGAACGCGCAGGAGCCGCUCCCCUGCGCCAACAACUGCGGCUUCUUCGGCUCCCCGGCCACGCGCAACCUCUGCUCCAAGUGCUUCCGGGACAGCCUCCGCCGCGCCGAGGCCCAGGCGGCUUCGGUGGCCGCGACCGCGACGGACGCGCUCACCACCUCUUCUUCUUCGGCCGCGGCGUCUGCGGGUCCCGAGCCGGCGACAGCGGCAGCGACGGAUCAGGAGGUGGGGAAGGGGAAGAGCGGCCGGUGCGCGGCGUGCGGCAGGAAGGUGGGGCUGAUGGGGUUCGAGUGCCGGUGCGGCGGCGUCUUCUGCGGCGCGCACCGGUACUCGGACCGGCACGGCUGCGGCUACGACUACAGGGGCGCCGGCCGCGACGCCAUCGCCCGCGCCAACCCCGUCGUCAGGGCCGACAAGCAGGUCGACAAGCUCUGAGCAGCGCGCUCGCAGGUCGCAGCAAAUCAUCACUGGCAUGGCUGCUCGAUCGAAUUAAUGGCCGUGUGUGGCACAUACUCAGUAUGCGUGAUUGAAGCCUUGUCGAUUGGAAUUAGCGUGAACAUCUCUGUGGCUCUUUGCUAGUUCAUGAUGUAUUUCUAGUUUGCUACUUGCUACUAGUGCAGUUGCUUGCCAAAGAUGCUCGGCUUCGUGUGUUUCGUGCCCAGAAGCAUGUCGCCCUGCGGUGCCAACCAGCCAAUCGAGUUGAUGGCAGUUGACUCCCCAAGUAGCAGCAACCGCGUAUACGGUUGUUAUUCUGGUGA